UAUCAAAAGUCUGAUUUGGGAGGCGCUGAUAUGAGCUUUGGAUGGGUUUGGGGAACAGAUGGGGGAGAGUGAAAUUUUCACUUGGAUUCUUGACGACCUUUGCCAUGGAAGCAUAGGAGUGGGCUGGUGUACAAGGUCCCUGCUCCCAGGCGUUCGUCGCUACUGGUGUUUUGACGUGGCUCAAGUGUUUGCGUUGUUCGGACUGGCUCAGUUCCACGGUUCAUCGCGCUGCGUCACGAUGGCAGAGCCACCUGCGAAGAAGGCCCGAACCGGGCGAACGACUUUCCUUUUCUCCUCAGAGUCAGUGAACGAAGGCCAUCCAGACAAGCUUUGCGACCAGGUCUCUGAUGCUGUUCUGGACGCAUGCCUCAAGGAUGAUCCCAAGUCCAAGGUGGCCUGCGAGACAGUGACCAAGGACAACAUGGUCAUGGUGGCGGGUGAGAUCACCACCCAGGCUAAGCUGGACUAUGAGAAGGUGGUCCGUGGGGUCGUGGCACAGAUUGGCUUCGAUAGUUUUGUGGAUGACCUUUCUUCAGUGGAUAGCAAGGGCCUUUCGGACAAGACCUGCGAGGUCUUGGUUCGCAUCAACAAGCAGAGUCCAGACAUUGCCGGCGGAGUGCACGUGGGCAAGGACGACUUGGAUGUUGGUGCUGGUGACCAGGGAAUCAUGUUCGGGUACGCCACCGAUGAGACCUCUGACUGCAUGCCACUGACGCACUCCAUCGCCACGCGGCUGGGCAAGAAGCUCACCGACGUGCGCAAGAGUGGUGAGCUUUGGUGGCUUCGUCCUGAUGGCAAGACCCAGGUCACUAUCGAGUACUUGGGCAAGGAGGAUGGCUCCGUAGAGCCACAGAAGAUUCACACCGUGGUGAUCUCCACGCAGCACGCUGAGCCCACUAAGGCCGUGCGCUCCAAGGAGUGCGCUGGGUACAAGGGACCAGAAAUGACCGCACCCAGCAUGGUGGAGAUGAACAAGGAGAUUGAAGAAAAAGUAAUCAAGCGUACACUGAAGGACGGAUCAAGCUCAAGAAUGGCAAACCUGCAUUUGCACAUCAACCCUUCUGGGAAGUUCAUCAUCGGAGGCCCACAGGGUGAUGCUGGCCUCACAGGCCGAAAGAUUAUCAUCGAUACCUAUGGCGGUUGGGGUGCCCAUGGUGGUGGCGCCUUCAGCGGGAAGGAUCCCACCAAGGUGGACCGUUCAGCGGCCUACAUUUGUCGGCAGAUGGCCAAAUCGGUUGUCUCCAGCGGUUUGGCUGCCCGGUGUUUAGUGCAACUCUCCUACGCCAUCGGUGUGGCCAAGCCACUCUCCCUUUUUGUGGAGGCCUAUGGCAGUGAGAAGGGCAGCCUCAGUGUGGAUGACAUCACGAGCAUUCUGAAGAUCGAAUUCGACUGUCGACCGGGCGCCAUCGCGGCGUCCUUAGCACUGAGAGAGCCGAAGUACCAGGACACAGCCGCCUACUGUCACUUUGGCCGCGAGCCGGUGAACAAGAACGGUAUUAAAUUCUUCGAAUGGGAGAAUGCCAAGGAUCUCAAGAAGUAUGCAUCCAUGACCAGCGCAGAGGUGGCGUCAGCGCUGAAGGGCAGCAACUACCUCACGAAGUGGGUGGACUAAAUCAGGAGCCAUGAGAUCCUUGCUUUGUCUUCCACAUCUCCCCAAACUAACCAGUAUUUGGAUGUUCCGAGAUUUCACACCAGGUUGUUGCUCAGAUGGUAUCCUUUUGUUUUAGAUAGGUCCGAUUAUGGUUAUGGGAUGCAAAUCACAAAAGGCAGCCUCAGCUACCUGAGUCUUCCUUCGGCUCCAGACUAUGGCACGGGGCGCAACAGAAACAGUGGCCGCAACAACGAACAACAACCGCAGCGAACGAACAACAGGGAGAACGAGAAUGGCC